GCCCGCCGCCCCGGGUCGCUAGCCCGGCCCAUCCUCGCCUGCCCCCGGCCGCCUAGCGUUCCCUGGCCGAUUCCCCCUUGCGGGCCGGGCCUGGGCCAAGAGUUGGCGGGGUGGGCCCGCGCCCGCUCGGAAGUUGGAGUCUUUGUGCUCGCGCCCCGCCCCACCCGGCGAGGGGAGGAGGGAAGGGAGCGGAGGCCGCGCCGGGGAGGCCUGGGCGGGCUCGGUCCCGGCUCCAGCCCCGGCUUCUUCCAGCUCUCCUGCCCGACCCAGCUGGGUCUGCGGGCUCCCCGAGGUGCGCAGAACUGGCCCUGCCUCGCUCCCCCCGGGCUUGAGCGCCGCCGCGGCCCCCGCCGCUGCCGUUCCUGGGCUCCUUGCGCACCUUGGGGCUCAGAGAGGAGCAACAACCGGUCCUCGAGCUGGGGCAGUGUUCCGCAAUUCACGCAGCCCUCUGUGUGCAGCCGAGCUUUAGUUUGUCCCUCCGUAAAAUUUGGGAAAGAAAGUCGCCUCGCAGCAUGUUUGUGGAUUUAGGAAACUAAUACGUGAGAGAAGUGUUUAAUACCAACAGGUGAGCCCUAUUCCCAAAGGCAGCUGGUGCUGACCCUGUAACCCAAAAGAGGAAAUUGAAGGCUGGUGGCCACCAUGUCCUUGAAGAUCCAGACAAGCAAUGUAACCAACAAGAAUGACCCCAAGUCUAUCAAUUCUCGAGUCUUCAUCGGAAACCUCAACACAGCUGUGGUGAAGAAGUCAGAUGUAGAGACCAUCUUCUCCAAGUAUGGCCGUGUAGCCGGCUGUUCUGUGCACAAAGGUUAUGCCUUUGUCCAGUAUGCCAACGAGCGUCAUGCCCGGGCAGCUGUGCUGGGAGAGAAUGGGCGGGUGCUGGCCGGGCAGACCCUGGAUAUCAACAUGGCUGGAGAGCCCAAGCCCAACAGACCCAAGGGACUAAAGAGAGCAGCAUCCGCCAUAUACAGUGGCUACAGCUUUGACUAUGAUUACUACCGGGACGACUUCUACGACAGGCUCUUCGACUAUCGGGGCCGCCUGUCACCUGUGCCAGUGCCCAGGGCAGUCCCUGUGAAGCGACCCCGGGUCACAGUCCCCUUGGUCCGGCGUGUCAAAACCACCAUACCUGUCAAGCUCUUUGCCCGCUCCACAGCCAUUACCACCAGCUCAGCCAAGAUCAAGUUAAAGAGCAGUGAACUGCAGACCAUCAAGACAGAGCUGACGCAGAUCAAGUCCAACAUCGAUGCUCUGCUGGGCCGCUUGGAGCAGAUUGCCGAGGAGCAGAAGGCCAACCCAGAUGGCAAGAAGAAGGGUGACAGCGGAAGUGGCAGUGCCAGUGGUGGGGGCAGUAGUGGUGGCAGCAGCCGGCCACCAGCCCCCCAAGAGGACACGGCUUCUGAGGCAGGCACGCCCCAGGGAGAAGCACAGGCUCGAGACGACGGCGAUGAGGAGGGGCUGCUGACACACAGCGAGGAAGAGCUGCCUGACAGGAGCAACGGCCAGCGGCAGGAGAAGGGCGUGCACUGUAUCAGGCCUCAUGUUGGGCACCCACCCCUGGAUACCACCCCCAGCGGGUCCCAGGAGAGCUGGCAGCAGGCACCUCCUCCCCCACACGUCCCAGCCACUGCCACAUCCUCUGCAGGUGCAGUUAUCGGCCUCCCCUCCCCACGCACCCUCCCUGUUGGCACCACCCAGGCCAGAGGACAGAGGUUUCCCUACACUCUACCUCCCCUCCCAGGACACUCCCAGGCUUGGGGUUUUUCUAUAGGUUUGGAGAGGGGAGGGUCACGGGAGGGUACCCUGACAAUAAAGAGAUUGGAUCCCAACUUGCUCUGAGAUGGGAUGGUUUGUAUUUAUUUUCUUAAGGUAUCCUAGUCCUCCUGCCCAGCCAGAGUCUGGUCUAGUCUGCUUCAUGCCAAGAGUCUAGUCUGGUUUGCUUUACCCUGUUCUUUUUCCUCUUUCACUUCUCCCGGUUAGGGAGCAUUGUCUCGGGUGCAUACUGCUGGGCUGUCUAGGCCUUAGUUUCCACAGCUAAAAUGGGAAUAGAAAUGGCUAGUAGGGUUCUUGGGGGAGGGUCAGAUGUCCCAGUGCCGAAGAGAAUACUUUGGUGGCUGAAGUGCCAAGCAGUUAUGAGCUACUUGGUUAGGCAGUGGUAGGUUCAGGUCUUAGCUUCUCAUUUAGUCUGGUCUUUCCCAGCUUUAAGAUGAUUCUGGAAACUGCCUCGUCCUCUCUUCUCUGUCCUAGUUUAGGAUGCUGUGUUUUUUCACUUGGGCUCUGUCCUCUCACCAGCUUCCCAGUCUCUGGCUUCUCCCUGCCCCAUUUCCCACUAGCCACUAUGGUGCUUUUUCUGAGUCGUGUCCCUUCCCUGUAAAACCCUUAUCUGACAGCUCACCGAUGGGACAAAACUCCCAACUCCUGUACAUGAUCCUGUAUACUUUGGCCUCUCCUGUCUUUUGUCACCUGCCCCACACAAAACAAGUCCUUCCCUCUCAUAGGCAGCAAGACUUAGAGCCUCACUCCCAUUAACCUCAAGCAGUAGGAAGUUGGCAUCAGGAUACCUGUGGCUUCCCUGUACCUAUUCUGGGCUUCCUGUCUAGAUGUUUGCUUUGUUCUCUGACAACUGACAAUGUUCCUUCAAAUUUCCACUUCUGUCCUAAUUUUACUCCACAAGUUGACGAAUUUCCCUGCGUUCAAAUUCCUAGGAGAGGAUCACCUGCCACAGCGGAUCUUUUUGAUUCACUCAUAGGUUAUAUAAGUACCCUCCCCAGUCCUGUGAACCUGGUGACAAAGGUGUGGUCAGUUAGUCUGGUCUCUCUGGUGUGGGGCUUUGGUGGGCAGACACCCAGAAGCGUGCUUUGCUCCUGGUCUGGCACGUACUCUUGCUCCUUUCUCCAUCUGAGAGAUACCCACUCAUUAUUAAGCUGCUGUUCCAGUGUCAGGCACCUCUGAGAAGUCUUUCUUCUCAGCUUACUGUUCAUUCUCUCUUCUAGACAAACUUUCCCAACACCGAGAAUUCGGUCCCAUCAUCAGAAAGGGGUUUGGGCUCUCCAGUCGUCUUUACAUGUUCCUCAGAGUGUCAGGCCUGCUGGAAUUCUUAUUGAAAAUCCCAUUUCAGACCAACUGUUCUACAGCAGUCUCCAUCAAACUUUCCCCAGACUUUGGCCCCAGGUUUUGGUGGAGGCUAGAGGCUGGGCUCGAGACAGUGCUCAAGCUAGGCCACCCUGGGUGUGGAAUCACCCAGGGGAGUUUUUGUUGUCUCGUGUCUCCCUCCCUGGGCAGCCCCUCCUGCCUGUCAUUGGCCGGCUAGCAGUCUGAAGCCUGAGUGUGGCUCUGCAUUCCCAAGCUGUGCAGGGGGCUGAUUAACCCGCCCUUGAGGCAGCCCAAGUUCUGGACCCACAGCUGAGCCAAAUGCCCCCAUCCUCGCUUAGCCAUUGCCUCAUAAUGUGAUGUGGAGCAAAGUUUCUGCCUUUUUGGAGCUUUAGCUCCACAAGUGGGCUCACAGUCCCCAUAGGUGUGCCUGUCAGGGACCCUGGGCAGCAGGGGGAGAGAGGGUAGAGGCUGAGGCCUUAGUGGACUUAACACUGAGGGCUGGCACCGUGUUCCUGAGUCUCCAGAGCCUAGUGCUCUGUGCCCAUUGCAUUGUAAUAACAUUUUCGGAUUCUAUGCGGCCAUACUCAAUAGUGACUGAGGCACUCACUUUUCAGGUUUGGGGUCAGGUAGAAUAGGAGGGGCUGUGAGCUUCUGUAGUAUGCUAGGCAGAAGAGCAGGGAAAAUCCCUUCCAGGGCAGGAAAUGUCUGCCCUACGCAGAGGCCCUGCCUAAUCACCCUAGCACCAGGACGUCUUGGACAGAUGGAGAUCCCCAUCCUGGCAUUCCACAAAAGGCCCUAAACUACUUAGCCCCUGGGAAGAUUUGAGUGGGAAAUUCACAUCCACAAAACCCUGCUGCAUACAUCUGCCCAGUCCUCUCAUUCCGUUGCUCAUCGGUUUUCAUUUAUCUGUUCAACCUCUGAAAACCAAAAGGAGAUGAUGAAGAAAUAGGAUACCAGAUUCUACCCAAAGGGCUAUGAUUCCAUAGAUAUUUUGAAGAUCUGAAGCCUCAUUUGUGAUCCUGGCAGCUGUUGAAGGAAUUAUCACAACCAGUGGUUUUACUGGCUUUCCUCCCUGUACUGCUGCCAAUAAAGUUUGUGAUGUAGGGCGAGUCUUAUUCCUUGCUAGGUCUUCCGUUUCCUCAUCUGUGCAAGGAGUUGGCCUAGAUCAGGGAUAGUAAAUGGGCCUCUUAUCAUCAGUUAACUUGUAUAACAAGCCCAAAAUGUAGUGCCUUUAAUAAACAUUUAUUACCUUCUGAUUCAGUGGCUUGGAAAUUUGGGCUGCACUCAGCUGGGCAGUUCUCCUUAUCUCAUCUAGGCUAUGAUAUGGCUGAAGUGAGCUGGCAGAUUGGCUGGGGGGCCGUGGGUCCCAGAUAAUCUCACCCACUUGUUAAGGAGUUGGCUGGGUAGCAGGGCAAAUGGGCCACAUGUACCCAGAAUCUAGCAGGCAGACCAGGUAAGCUCCAGUGUACAAGUGCUCUUCCAAGUUCUUGCCCGUGGCAUGUUUGCGAGGUUCUUUUGGUCAAAGCAAGUCACAUGGCUAAGUCCAAACUCUUAAUUUGAGGAGUCUCAAAAUAUGGCCCAAUUUUGUUUUUAAUCUCUCUCAGUCCUCGUUUCAUGUGCUGACUCAGAAUGUUUUUAGUAGCAGCUGCUGGAAUGCUUUUUGAGGAUUUGGAGCAGUUUUUAGAUAGCUAGGAAAUAGUAACAUGAUUUGGGUUUUUUGUUUUGUUUUGUUUUUUGCUUUUUUUUAAUGGAUGAGGAGUUGAAAUGAGAGUACGUGAGUGUCCAUUCAGUAUUAGCCAGGCCUGGCCAGGUCAUCUCUAAUCCUAUCAGGACAUUAUACACUCUACAGUGGACCAUCUGACAAGACCACAGAAAUACGGAGUGUAAAGCUGGGCAAGAUUCUGAUCUAGCUUUCCUGGGUUUGAAUUCCAGUUCGACCAUUGAUUAACUUUGGGCAAAUAAAAAUCCCUAUAGCCAUGGCCACAUUCUUUAUAAUAAGAUUAUUCUAUAAUAACAGUAAAUAAAACUUGUGAAUAUGUGCUGUGUAAAAGGCACAUUUUACAUUUAUUUAAUCUCUAUAACCACCUUUUAGGUGGAUGUAAUAUGAACUUUGUUACAAGUUGUAGAAACUGGACUCAAAUGUGCUUAAGCAGGGGGAAGUUUACUGUUUCACCAAUUUGAAGUUCCAGAUACAGUUAUGCAGACCCAGUGGAUGCAGGGCUUCAAGAGUUGUCAUCAGGAAUGUAUUUCUUUAUUCUUCAGCUUGGUCUCCUCUCUUAGCAUUGUUCUCAGACAGGUUCUAAGUGGUGGCAGAGCAUGGCCACAGGGCCUAUGAGUGUGGACAGGGAAAGGGAAGAAUCCCCAAAAGGAAAAUAGGAGUUCUGCUGCUAGAAGAAGGGAAGUUUGGCAUGACAAAAAUAACAGGUCUUCAUUGUGCAGUUAUGUCCAUCUUACAGAUUUUAUAGAUGCGGAGGUUCUAAAACUUAGCCCCAUUGACAGCUGGUAUUUCUGUCCUCUCCCCUUUAUCUGGACUCUAAUCAGUAGGAUACAGUGAUGGUGAUGCUAGGCCAGUCUCACAGUUGUGUUAAGAACUAGUAGUUUCUACUUCUGUGUCUUGAGACCCAGCCACCAUGCUGUGAAGCCCAGGCCACAUGGAGAAGCCUGACAUGACAGCCCUAAGUUCCAGCUGAUAACCAGUAUCAGCUGUCAGACAUGAAUGAGGAAGCCUUCAGGAUGACUCUAGCCCAGCCACUGACUGAAAACCAAGACAGAACUGCCUAGCUGAGGCCUGUCAAAGUCCAGCACCAUGAAGGAUAAUAAUCAGUGAUCAUCAUUUUAAGCUAAGUUUUAGAGUGAUUUGUUAUAUAUCAGUAGAUAAUCUGAACACAGACUGAGGCUCAAAAGGUUAAGUAGUUUGCUCUACUUUAGGGGGACUGGGCUAAGAGUAUAGACUUUGUGUAACUGAGUUCCAGUGCAGGUUAUUUGCUGUAUACCUUAGACAAGUCAGUUAACCUCUCUGAGCCUCAUCUUCCUCAUCUGAAAAGUGGAAAAGAGCACACUGUUAUUAUGACAAUACCUAAUGAGUUCACUUAUCACCUAAUCCAGAUUUAGGUGAUUUUUCUCUUAAAAAAAUAACAGACCAUAAGUUUCUUCUCUCUUAUUUUUAUAUUCACCCUUUCCCAAAGUGUAUUUCAGUAU